CGUAAGUCAUGUGAGGCACCUACCAACUCGAGGCCCAAUAACGAUAAAGAAUAUGUGGAUCAAAAGGCAUACGAACGCCAAUUUAUUAAAAUGAGUAUGUCAAAUGUUCCAAGUGCAAGAUCGUCAACUCCUACUAGCGAAGUAAAGCAUUCUUCGAAUUUUACUGAUACACGGUUAAACGAUUUACUACCCGCAUUCCACCUUGAAAGUCUUAAAAACACUGUACCAAACAGUAUAUCUACUACUGCCUCAAUGAUAUUCUCUCCUUUGACCCCUCGAGUUGUAAAAGGAGAUGCUGUGACAAUACUCACUGAAUUCGCCCCUCAAAUGAUGGAACGACGCGUGCAGAAGUAUAUCAAUCCAAAUGUUCGUCAGGCAGAAAAUUCGAAUUCGAAUCAAAUUUCUUUGCCCGCAGAUGAAUGUUCAACACGCUCAACUACCCCAGUUCCCGAGGAACUUUUGGAAGCUACGGACAUACCAGAAUCUAAGGCACCCUUAUCCUUGAUUCAAG